AUGGGCUCCGUCUCCCAGAUCGGCGACGGUCAGGUCCAAGGAGGAAUGCACACGGCGACCAUCACCAUUGUGACUCCUGUGGAUCCCGCGUCUCAGAUCAGUGACGGGCAGAUUCAAGGCCUCGUCGCUACAGAUGUGCCUGAUGUUGCUACGAUGGAGCCACCGGCAACGGCGUCAUCGCUAGCCCCGAGUUCGAAUGUUGCUGUUCCUGUUCCCUUUCCUCCACAAGCGGUAAAUCCAUCUGCUGUACCGAGCAAGCCGCCGACUGUGCUUGAACAGGCCUGCGGCAUCUCAACUCGCCCGAGCCCGAGCCCCAGCCCCAGCCCAACAGCCUUAUUACCACCGCCAUCGUCGGCCCUUGAUCCCAGCACAUUACCCAUCCAGGCCUCGUCGUCAACUCCGGCCUCCCUCAACAGUGGUAGUACCAUCUCCGCAGCGUCGCCGUCGUUGUCCAUUUCCUCUUCAUCAGAUCCGACGCAAUCGCAAACCCUAUCCAUGGUAUCAUGUCUCACAAACUCGACACUCCGCCUCACUCUGAUAAACAGCAAUCUCUACGACGCAUUCAAUCGCACCGGCUACAUCGCGUCGAACUACCAGUUCCAAUUCGACGGCCCGCCCCAGUCCGGCGCCAUCUAUACUAGCGGGUGGAGCAUCUGUCCCGUCACUAACACCACAAGCUCCUCUGGCCCUCAGGGCGGCGGCAACGUUGACAAUGGCGAGGACGGUAUACGCACGCUUGCGCUCGGCGGAACCACCACUUUCUGGCAGUGUCUCAGUGGCGACUUUUAUAACCUAUACACUGAGAAUUGGGCGGCUCAGUGUAGUCCCGUGGAACUGCGGAUUGUCAGGUUAGUCGACUGCAGGGUUCAGACUUAG